AAUAAUAAUAAUAAUAAUAAUCAAAGGAAUAGAUAUUGGGGAGGUAACAACAAUAGGAACGAUAAUUAUAGAAGAAAUAAACAUUUCGACUUCAUUGAUUAUUCUCAAGAUCCUACAAAAUUCUUUGUACCAGGUUUCAUAGACACUCAUAUCCAUGCAUCUCAAUUUCCUAAUAUCGGUAUAGGUUUAGAUUGUCCUUUGUUAGAUUGGUUAAGUACUUAUACGUUCCCAUUGGAAAAUGAAUUUACUGAUUCUAAUUCAACCAAUUCCAAGUUAAAAUUCGCUGAAGGUGUAUAUUCCAAGGUCAUUGAAAAGACUUUAAAUAGUGGUACCACAUGUGCAUCAUAUUUCACUACCAUUGAUCCUCAAACCACUAACUUAUUUGCUGAAUUAUUAUUAAGAUUCGGUCAACGAGGAUUUGUAGGUAAAGUAUGUAUGGAUCACAAUGAAACUUAUGAAGAUUAUCUGGAAACAUUUGAAGAAUGUAUUGAAUCCAUGAAUUCAAUCAUUGAACAUGUUCACAAUUUAAAUCCUGAUGAUGAAACUUUAGUAAAACCAAUUAUCACACCUAGAUUUGCACCUGUUUGUACUAGAGAUCUUUUAUUCUUCUUGGGUCAAUUGAGUAAGACUCACAAUUUACCUAUUCAAACUCAUAUAAGUGAAAAUGAAAAAGAAAUUGAAUUGGUUCAUGAUUUAUUCCCAGAUUGUGAUGAUUAUGCUUCUGUAUAUAAGAAACAUAAUUUAUUAGGUGAUUCAACUAUCUUAGCUCAUGCUAUUCAUUUGACCAAAAAAGAAAGAAAGAUUAUAAAGGAAAAGAAUUGUUCCAUCAGUCAUUGUCCAACUUCCAAUACUUUUAUUUCAAGUGGUGAGGCUCCAAUUAAACAAUAUCUUUAUGAAGAUGGAAUUAAUGUUUCAUUAGGUACUGAUGUUAGUGGUGGAUUUGAUCUGAGUAUCUUAGGAAUAAUUAAACAUUGUAUUUUAGUUAGUCAUCAUUUAGCAAUGAAGACUAAAAAUCAAAAGGAUAAAUUAUCAAUUAAGGAUGCUCUUUAUAUGGCAACUCAGGGAGGUGCCAAGGCAGUUGGUAUGGAAGAUCAACUUGGAUCAUUUGACUUAGGAAAAAAGUUUGAUGUACAAUUAAUUGAUUUAAAGAGUCAAGAUUCAAGUGUAGAUGUUUUUGAUUGGCAAUUGCCAUUUCAACUUCAUCAAGAUAGAAGAGAUAAUCCGUUAACGGAUUUAGAAAAAGUUAACAAAAUGGUUGAUUUAUUAGGUAAAUGGAUUUUCAGUGGGGAUGACAGAAACUGUAUUAAAGUUUGGUGUAACGGUAGGUUAGUAGUUAAUAAGCUUCGUCAUAACUAUGAUGAUAGGUGGGUUAUGGUUGAAAAAUAUUAAAUGUUUGCGGGCAGACUAACUCCUAACACCGAUAAGUUACUAUUAUCAGACAUUAACUAAGUUAGUAGAUGAAUAAUAUAAUAAUAU